AAAUGAUAAUGGCAACAAACCGACCUGAUGUGCUCGAUCCUGCACUUCUUCGUCCGGGAAGAUUAGACAAAAAAAUAGAGAUUCCGUUGCCAAAUGAACAAUCGAGAAUGGAAAUCCUUAAAAUUCAUGCUGCUAGCAUUGCCAAGCAUGGGGAGAUUGACUAUGAGGCUGUUGUGAAACUUGCAGAGGGCUUUAAUGGAGCUGAUCUCCGCAAUGUUUGCACAGAAGCUGGAAUGUCAGCAAUUCGUGCAGAACGUGAUUAUGUUAUCCAUGAAGAUUUUAUGAAGCCAUGUAUGAAUAUUUCAGAAACAUGA